AUGUCCCCAGAUAUCAACUCCCUGUCUCCAUCUCCCUCAUCAUCUUCAUCCUCCAUCCCACACCGUAACAAUUCAUCUGCUUCCCCUGCUACAACCGCCGUGAACCCCACCUCCCCUCGCCCCUCACGCGGUUCCAGUUUGGGCCGACUAUCCAUAUCUGAGCGACAUCGGUUAAACGCCGGCAUGAACCUAACCCUGAACGAGCAAGCUGGUGCAGCUUCGGGAAAUAACGGCGCGCAAGCUCGGUCGGACCAUCGUACCUCCAUGGGACACACCUUCCACGCUUCUAGUCCCACAAGUCACGGCGGUAGCCCCGUCUUUGCAACGGCGGACCCGCACCACCAGCGCGCCCCAUCUCUGGGGGAACUGCAUCAAGAAUUGGAACAAGAGCAGGAAGCUCAAGUGAACCGUCUACUGCAGAUGAUUCGUAGCCAACAGGCCCAGUUACAACAACUACAGAGUCAGCAGCAGUCAGCUUCAGGAACCGCUAUUCUUGAUGACACCAUUACCUCUUCGGAACGAUCGGCAUUCUCCCCCACGCACCCCCCGUCCACAACCCCGGGUAAUCGACUUUCCAUUUCAUCUCUCACACAUCGGCCUCCCAGCCAAGCGCCAUCUCCGCGCAUACUACCGCAUGAUGCGCAUCUAGGAUCAGAAAGUACAGAGGCAUUCCCAGCACUGAGGGAUGGCUCAUCACGACGAGGCAGUCGAGAUGAAAGCGCAUUCUAUCAAGCUGAAGCAGCCAUGUUGAAUCGAGAAAAUCAAAUGCUCCGUCAGCGAAUUAGAGAACUCGAACGACAAAUUGGCGAUAUGACAACUUCCUCCCCCGCAGUUGAAACGGUAGGGCAGGAGAGGGCCGAGGAGACGGACCCGCCUGCCGUUGGAUCACCCGACAAGGACUAA